AGAAAUAACAAAGCUAGAUAAUAAUUAAUAAAUGGACGAACUACAGCAAUAUAAUUACUUGUUUAAUUCCCCAGAGGAAGAAGAGAAGGACUACCUCUUUGAUGAGCCUGUGAAUGAGUUCCGUGAUUUCGAAAUUAGCGAAUAUGCUGCCCUUGACACUCCUGGACUCCCACAUUCCAGUUUGAUAUCAUUUGAGCAGUAUAACAAGGCCUUAGAAGCUGAUAAGCACUUUGGAAUGGAUCUUGAAGAGAAUUGUAGUGAUUGUGACAAAGACUGUGAGUCUAAAUUACUCGCUGAUUUACCUACAAAUGACAGCAAUAGUUAUGCCUAUGAGGCAGAGCAGGAAGAAAUUAACGCUAAAAAGUUCUUAUCUAGCAUUGGAGUGCUCCAGAAGGCUGAUGAUAACGAUCUGUUCCUGAUUGAUGAAUUCGCACAUUUAGAGAGCUUUGAGCACGACGAUCUCGAAAAUCAUGAAAUUAGGUGAGAUGAAAAUUUUCUGCCUCAAUUCACUAAAGAAGAUAGUGAGGUCAGGUUGAACUUUGAAGGUCUAGAUAAUGGCACAGAAGAAAUUGACCCAAAGCAUAAAGAGCUUUUAGAAGAAGGUUUACCGCUCAUUCCUCUUGAAAAUGAUAAGGAUAGUUUUACAUUUAUGAACUCUACUUCGACCGCAAAACAAGGAAAUGUGUCCGAAAUCUGUCAGGAAUCUUCACCCAUUAGAGAUCAGGAAAAUCUUGUUGGUGAACAUCAGGCGAGAGAACAGAACCCAGCCAGAGAAUUAUGUAAGGGAGGUGCCAAGAGAAAAACCACUGAGUUUAACCAUCUGUUGGAAAGGAAGACAUUUAGAAUGUUGCGCAAGUACUAUAAAAAUUCUUUUGAGAAAUUUGCUGCUCCUAUUAAUUAUAAGAAGAAGGUCAAAACUAUGACUACAAAUCAGAUGGAUCAACUUGUAAAUGACUACAUUCAACAUGAAUUUGAUUUUCUUACUCGUUUUUUCACAGGGAACGACCUCGCUCAGUUGAUAAUUUGCCUGAAAAGAAUAAUUCUUUCUGACAGGUAUAACAAGGCAGAAAAAGUAGUUCUCGAACUAGAUUUCGCGAAUACUCGAGAUUUGUUCAAUAAAUACUCCAGAAAAGCUAGAAAUGAAUGGCUAAAAUUGCCUACUAAUAGUCUACUUCUAGUACAUUUCUACCUCAAGCAGGGGAAAAAUCAGUGCUACUCUCAGAAGGACGUUAAUGCUGAGAAGCUUCAUCAUCAGAUGCGCUUCUUGGUGAGUCUUAGCUUCGAGCACCUUCACCCAUGUUUUGUGGAAAUCUUCAGUGAUGAGAGCUGUAAGAUUGAUACUCUUUAA